AUGUUUGAAUUAGAACGAAUUUUGAAGUGGAAAGUACACAACACGUUAAGAUUUUACAUUUCUACUUCGAUUGUAACAACGUCUGAAUUCCAUUCUUAUCAUUAUCUCAACUUAUUUUGGCAAUGCUUUGAUAGCUUCAUUGAAAAAGUUAACUGGACCGUUUCGUUGGAAAGAGUGUUGACAAAAGUAUUUGAGGCGUGA